UUUCAAAAAUUAUUGUUGACGUACGGAGUUGUUACUGUGAAACAUUUUAUUUGCUUACUGCAAUAAUUAUAAUAUUUUGUUUUGGUGAAAAAGGAAAAAGGAUUAAAUACAUAAUCUGAUAAAUUAUUAGUGAAAAGCAGAUCAAUAUGCAGAUCUUUGUGAAAACAUUGACUGGCAAGACCAUCACUCUUGAAGUGGAACCUUCUGAUACUAUUGAAAAUGUAAAGGCUAAAAUCCAAGACAAAGAAGGCAUUCCUCCAGACCAGCAGCGACUUAUCUUUGCUGGCAAGCAGCUGGAAGAUGGACGCACACUUUCAGACUACAACAUUCAAAAGGAGUCUACUCUGCAUUUGGUAUUACGUCUGCGUGGUGGUAUGCAGAUUUUCGUAAAAACUUUGACUGGCAAGACCAUCACACUAGAAGUUGAGCCAUCAGACACCAUCGAAAAUGUUAAAGCCAAAAUCCAAGACAAAGAGGGCAUUCCACCAGACCAGCAGCGACUUAUCUUUGCUGGCAAGCAGCUGGAAGAUGGACGCACACUUUCAGACUACAACAUUCAAAAGGAGUCUACUCUGCAUUUGGUAUUACGUCUGCGUGGUGGUAUGCAGAUUUUCGUAAAAACUUUGACUGGCAAGACCAUCACACUAGAAGUUGAGCCAUCAGACACUAUCGAAAAUGUUAAAGCCAAAAUCCAAGACAAAGAGGGCAUUCCACCAGACCAGCAGCGACUUAUCUUUGCUGGCAAGCAACUGGAAGAUGGACGCACACUUUCAGACUACAACAUUCAAAAGGAGUCUACUCUGCACUUGGUUCUGCGUCUGCGUGGUGGUAUGCAGAUUUUCGUAAAAACUUUGACUGGCAAGACCAUCACACUAGAAGUUGAGCCAUCAGACACUAUCGAAAAUGUUAAAGCCAAAAUCCAAGACAAAGAGGGCAUUCCACCAGACCAGCAGCGACUUAUCUUUGCUGGCAAGCAGCUGGAAGAUGGACGCACACUUUCAGACUACAACAUUCAAAAGGAGUCUACUCUGCACUUGGUUCUGCGUCUGCGUGGUGGUAUGCAGAUUUUCGUAAAAACUUUGACUGGCAAGACCAUCACACUAGAAGUUGAGCCAUCAGACACCAUCGAAAAUGUUAAAGCCAAAAUCCAAGACAAAGAGGGCAUUCCACCAGACCAGCAGCGACUUAUCUUUGCUGGCAAGCAGCUGGAAGAUGGACGCACACUUUCAGACUACAACAUUCAAAAGGAGUCUACUCUGCACUUGGUUCUGCGCCUGCGUGGUGGUAUGCAGAUUUUCGUAAAAACUUUGACUGGCAAGACCAUCACACUCGAGGUUGAGCCAUCAGACACCAUCGAAAAUGUUAAAGCCAAAAUCCAAGACAAAGAGGGCAUUCCACCAGACCAGCAGCGACUUAUCUUUGCUGGCAAGCAGCUGGAAGAUGGACGCACACUUUCAGACUACAACAUUCAAAAGGAGUCUACUCUGCACUUAGUUCUGCGUCUGCGUGGUGGUAUGCAGAUUUUCGUAAAAACUUUGACUGGCAAGACCAUCACACUCGAGGUUGAGCCAUCAGACACCAUCGAAAAUGUUAAAGCCAAAAUCCAAGACAAAGAGGGCAUUCCACCAGACCAGCAGCGACUUAUCUUUGCUGGCAAGCAGCUGGAAGAUGGACGCACACUUUCAGACUACAACAUUCAAAAGGAGUCUACUCUGCACUUGGUUCUGCGUCUGCGUGGUGGUAUGCAGAUUUUCGUAAAAACUUUGACUGGCAAGACCAUCACACUCGAGGUUGAGCCAUCAGACACCAUCGAAAAUGUUAAAGCCAAAAUCCAAGACAAAGAGGGCAUUCCACCAGACCAGCAGCGACUUAUCUUUGCUGGCAAGCAGCUGGAAGAUGGACGCACACUUUCAGACUACAACAUUCAAAAGGAGUCUACUCUGCAUUUGGUAUUACGUCUGCGUGGUGGUAUGCAGAUUUUCGUAAAAACUUUGACUGGCAAGACCAUCACACUCGAGGUUGAGCCAUCAGACACCAUCGAAAAUGUUAAAGCCAAAAUCCAAGACAAAGAGGGCAUUCCACCAGACCAGCAGCGACUUAUCUUUGCUGGCAAGCAGCUGGAAGAUGGACGCACACUUUCAGACUACAACAUUCAAAAGGAGUCUACUCUGCACUUGGUUCUGCGUCUGCGUGGUGGUAUGCAGAUUUUCGUAAAAACUUUGACUGGCAAGACCAUCACACUCGAGGUUGAGCCAUCAGACACCAUCGAAAAUGUUAAAGCCAAAAUCCAAGACAAAGAGGGCAUUCCACCAGACCAGCAGCGACUUAUCUUUGCUGGCAAGCAGCUGGAAGAUGGACGCACACUUUCAGACUACAACAUUCAAAAGGAGUCUACUCUGCACUUAGUUCUGCGUCUGCGUGGUGGUAUGCAGAUUUUCGUAAAAACUUUGACUGGCAAGACCAUCACACUCGAGGUUGAGCCAUCAGACACCAUCGAAAAUGUUAAAGCCAAAAUCCAAGACAAAGAGGGCAUUCCACCAGACCAGCAGCGACUUAUCUUUGCUGGCAAGCAGCUGGAAGAUGGACGCACACUUUCAGACUACAACAUUCAAAAGGAGUCUACUCUGCACUUGGUUCUGCGUCUGCGUGGUGGUAUGCAGAUUUUCGUAAAAACUUUGACUGGCAAGACCAUCACACUCGAGGUUGAGCCAUCAGACACCAUCGAAAAUGUUAAAGCCAAAAUCCAAGACAAAGAGGGCAUUCCACCAGACCAGCAGCGACUUAUCUUUGCUGGCAAGCAGCUGGAAGAUGGACGCACACUUUCAGACUACAACAUUCAAAAGGAGUCUACUCUGCACUUAGUUCUGCGUCUGCGUGGUGGUAUGCAGAUUUUCGUAAAAACUUUGACUGGCAAGACCAUCACACUCGAGGUUGAGCCAUCAGACACCAUCGAAAAUGUUAAAGCCAAAAUCCAAGACAAAGAGGGCAUUCCACCAGACCAGCAGCGACUUAUCUUUGCUGGCAAGCAGCUGGAAGAUGGACGCACACUUUCAGACUACAACAUUCAAAAGGAGUCUACUCUGCAUUUGGUAUUACGUCUGCGUGGUGGUAUGCAGAUUUUCGUAAAAACUUUGACUGGCAAGACCAUCACACUCGAGGUUGAGCCAUCAGACACCAUCGAAAAUGUUAAAGCCAAAAUCCAAGACAAAGAGGGCAUUCCACCAGACCAGCAGCGACUUAUCUUUGCUGGCAAGCAGCUGGAAGAUGGACGCACACUUUCAGACUACAACAUUCAAAAGGAGUCUACUCUGCACUUGGUUCUGCGUCUGCGUGGUGGUAUGCAGAUUUUCGUAAAAACUUUGACUGGCAAGACCAUCACACUCGAGGUUGAGCCAUCAGACACCAUCGAAAAUGUUAAAGCCAAAAUCCAAGACAAAGAGGGCAUUCCACCAGACCAGCAGCGACUUAUCUUUGCUGGCAAGCAGCUGGAAGAUGGACGCACACUUUCAGACUACAACAUUCAAAAGGAGUCUACUCUGCACUUGGUUCUGCGUCUGCGUGGUGGUAUGCAGAUUUUCGUAAAAACUUUGACUGGCAAGACCAUCACACUCGAGGUUGAGCCAUCAGACACCAUCGAAAAUGUUAAAGCCAAAAUCCAAGACAAAGAGGGCAUUCCACCAGACCAGCAGCGACUUAUCUUUGCUGGCAAGCAGCUGGAAGAUGGACGCACACUUUCAGACUACAACAUUCAAAAGGAGUCUACUCUGCACUUGGUUCUGCGUCUGCGUGGUGGUAUGCAGAUUUUCGUAAAAACUUUGACUGGCAAGACCAUCACACUCGAGGUUGAGCCAUCAGACACCAUCGAAAAUGUUAAAGCCAAAAUCCAAGACAAAGAGGGCAUUCCACCAGACCAGCAGCGACUUAUCUUUGCUGGCAAGCAGCUGGAAGAUGGACGCACACUUUCAGACUACAACAUUCAAAAGGAGUCUACUCUGCACUUGGUUCUGCGUCUGCGUGGUGGUAUGCAGAUUUUCGUAAAAACUUUGACUGGCAAGACCAUCACACUCGAGGUUGAGCCAUCAGACACCAUCGAAAAUGUUAAAGCCAAAAUCCAAGACAAAGAGGGCAUUCCACCAGACCAGCAGCGACUUAUCUUUGCUGGCAAGCAGCUGGAAGAUGGACGCACACUUUCAGACUACAACAUUCAAAAGGAGUCUACUCUGCACUUAGUUCUGCGUCUGCGUGGUGGUAUGCAGAUUUUCGUAAAAACUUUGACUGGCAAGACCAUCACACUCGAGGUUGAGCCAUCAGACACCAUCGAAAAUGUUAAAGCCAAAAUCCAAGACAAAGAGGGCAUUCCACCAGACCAGCAGCGACUUAUCUUUGCUGGCAAGCAGCUGGAAGAUGGACGCACACUUUCAGACUACAACAUUCAAAAGGAGUCUACUCUGCAUUUGGUAUUACGUCUGCGUGGUGGUAUGCAGAUUUUCGUAAAAACUUUGACUGGCAAGACCAUCACACUCGAGGUUGAGCCAUCAGACACCAUCGAAAAUGUUAAAGCCAAAAUCCAAGACAAAGAGGGCAUUCCACCAGACCAGCAGCGACUUAUCUUUGCUGGCAAGCAGCUGGAAGAUGGACGCACACUUUCAGACUACAACAUUCAAAAGGAGUCUACUCUGCACUUGGUUCUGCGUCUGCGUGGUGGUAUGCAGAUUUUCGUAAAAACUUUGACUGGCAAGACCAUCACACUCGAGGUUGAGCCAUCAGACACCAUCGAAAAUGUUAAAGCCAAAAUCCAAGACAAAGAGGGCAUUCCACCAGACCAGCAGCGACUUAUCUUUGCUGGCAAGCAGCUGGAAGAUGGACGCACACUUUCAGACUACAACAUUCAAAAGGAGUCUACUCUGCACUUGGUUCUGCGUCUGCGUGGUGGUAUGCAGAUUUUCGUAAAAACUUUGACUGGCAAGACCAUCACACUCGAGGUUGAGCCAUCAGACACCAUCGAAAAUGUUAAAGCCAAAAUCCAAGACAAAGAGGGCAUUCCACCAGACCAGCAGCGACUUAUCUUUGCUGGCAAGCAGCUGGAAGAUGGACGCACACUUUCAGACUACAACAUUCAAAAGGAGUCUACUCUGCACUUGGUUCUGCGUCUGCGUGGUGGUAUGCAGAUUUUCGUAAAAACUUUGACUGGCAAGACCAUCACACUCGAGGUUGAGCCAUCAGACACCAUCGAAAAUGUUAAAGCCAAAAUCCAAGACAAAGAGGGCAUUCCACCAGACCAGCAGCGACUUAUCUUUGCUGGCAAGCAGCUGGAAGAUGGACGCACACUUUCAGACUACAACAUUCAAAAGGAGUCUACUCUGCAUUUAGUACUUCGACUUCGCGGUGGAUAUUAAUUUUUGGCUCUUAAAAAUAAAUACACGAAUUAAAUUUA